AUGAUCUUUAUUCCCAUUAUCAUAUUAAUCUAUCUAGUUUCAAUAGCUGCUUCAGACAAGUCACCUAAAAUCAAGAAAAACCCUAGAAACGUCGUUGCUGUUGCAGACUUUCCCUUUGGAGGUGAUACACAGGUCAAAGGAAACGUGGUGUUUAGUGCUAAAGAAGGUAAACAUGUCAACGUCCAUAUUGAUAUGACAGGGUUGCCCAAAGAUGAAGGACCAUUUUUCUACCAUAUACAUGAACGGUCUGUUCCAGGAAACGGCAAUUGCGAAGCAGUUGGGUUGCAUUUUAAUCCUUAUAAUGCUAGUCCAGUUUGCGAUGAACAAAAAAACGAUGCCUACUGUCAAGUGGGCGACUUGCUGGGGAAACAUGGUUGUAUCAACACAACUUGCUUUGAGUUGAAAUACAGCGACCCUUAUUUGUCGUUAAACAGAAAAUCAAAGUCCUAUAUUAUUGGAAAGUCGGUGGUGUUCCAUUAUCCGAAUUUGACGAAAAUUGCUUGUGCUGAUAUUGAAGAGGCAAACGAGUUGAGACUACAGAGUUUGAUUGACGAAUACACCCAAACCGAUGACGCCAUUCAAUUAAAGGAACUAAAUACUCCUCUUGAAACCGAUUACAAAUUUGACGAGGUAGAAGCGUUAUCAUCGGAAAUUUACCAUUCUGAUACCGACUCCGACCCACCUCAACAAGAGUUAAUUCUGACAGAAAAGUUAUAUAACAAAACUGACAACGUCUACAGCCCAGAAGAAACUAGGCCCAGCGACCAGAACAAAAAGAGUCACCGGCACUCCUUGCUACCCUUGGCUAAAUGGAAAAAAAAUAGCCCCAAAAACUAUUCCAACAUUUCUAUCCACGGAAUCUCUAGUGAUUGUCUCAAUGAUGGUAUGAUGGUCACCGGUUCGGUCUUUGGUUCUCUCGUAUUGGGAAUAGCUGCAGGAAUAUUUGUUUAG